AUGGUGUUCAACAAACUUAUCAGGUCCCCCGAGGUUGGUAACUCAGGAAAGAGGGGUUCUCGCUUCCGAAAGGUCCAAUACGGUGAGUUGGAGAAAGAAGGUGCGGCUUUGCAGAAAUGCUUCACUUUUUCCCCGGGAGAGUCAAACGAUACCAAGGCAAGAGUAAUUGAAUUCUCUGGUUACACUCCCUGGGCACCCCAGGAUUUCGUGAAAACAGGGUGGACCAUUGAAAGGGUCGGAUGGAAGGGUGAUCCACCUCUUAGCACUCAGGGUUGGAAACCAGCGAUAGCCCCUUUGACCCCCCUGCCUUGGUCUAUCCUGCCAGUUGCGAAACAACUUGGUAUUUCGACAGAGCCAAUCUACAAAACCGUGUCACUUUUCAAGUUGGUCAAGGAAAAUGCCGAGAGCGAUUAUAGCGACUAUAUCAUUCAAGUCGGUCCGGGUGUAAUCGUAUCUCAGCUCAGUUCCCGCUUCAUGGGUCCACACUGGUCCGACGUCGCUCUUGCGGUCUAUAAACAAUAUGAGACCGCUCCGUUGAAGUAUGUAUUCCGCGUGGAUAUCACGAACGAGAUUGUUGAACGUCUGAUCAGCGAGGAGAUUUAUUCAGUGAAGACUGGCCUCAGGUGGCCUGACUCUGUUCAGCGAGAGUGGCAGAUUAGUACUUGCGAGUAUAAGGCGCUUUUGGGAACUCCUUUAGGCCGUGGAGUGGUCGCUUUAGUUCUCAGGGGCUAUGAUCGCGGCAAGAAGCUUAUUUCGAGCAUCUCCACCUUCUCGGAUGAACAAAAGGUUUCUAUGCAUAUGCUCUUCGUCAUUUCGGAUCAACCUAGGUAA